ACUAUACCUAUGACUAAUUCUCCACUGACUGAUUUGUCAAUGGUGCGUUCCCUGACCCCGGAAGUUCACUUUUACGCCUUGGUGACGGUGUCUGGCUGAGUGUAGUUCAUCAUGGAAGGUUCAAGCCCUCUCUUCAUCUUGGUACUUGGUUUUGUGGUCAGCAUUCAUGCCUUGACCCCUACCCACUACCUGACUAGCUCUGAUAUCGAUAGACUGAGGGCAACAUUCAGUGAACCAUUUUCUGAUUUAGAGUCUGCCUUCUACUCUGUUGUGGGCUUGAGUAAGCUGGGAGCCAAAGUGACCGAUGAAGAGAGUGCUUGUAGUUUUGUGAAGGCCCAUCUUGAUCCAAACAGCGUGGAUUCUCUGUUUUAUGCUGCCCAGAUAAGUCAGACCCUCCCUGGCUGUGAGAUCCAGGCUUUGAUGACUGCAUCUCAUCUAUCCCAGCAGGCAGAUUUGAGUGGCAUUGUGGAGGAAAUUGAGGACUUGAUUGCCCGUAUGGAUGAUCUAGGUGGUAUUUACCUACAGUUUGAAGAGGGACUGGAGACUACAGCCUCGUUUAUUGCUGCAGCAUACAGACUUUCCGACCACGUUGGAACAGAGCCUGCAGUAAAGGAGGACCAGGUUAUCCAAAUGGUGAAUGCUGUCUUUAGCAAGAAGGUGUAUAGCUCUCUAGCAGAGGCCUUCAGUGUGGUGUGUGCUGCAGCUGCUCUCUCCCAAAAUCAAUACCAUGUCCCAGUUAUUGUAGCUUCCAGUGGCUCUGCUGCCGUUUCCCACAAGCAGCCAUUUCUAAAGUUACAUGUGACCAAUGUCUUGUCCCAGCCAUUGACCACAGCUACAGUCCAGCUGGAAUAUGCCAAAUCAGCAGUUUCCAAAACAACAGUUCUUCGACAGACACCUUUUUCACUCUCAGGUGAUAUUUUUGAACUAAACUUCAUGGAAGCUAGACCAGCCAGUGGGUACUAUGACUUCUCCAUCAGCGUAGAAGGAGAUGGCCACUUUGUGGGGAACCAAGUUGAGCUGAAGGUGAAGGUCUCCACUGAAGCUAGCGUCAACAAUGUGGACCUUUCUGUAGUAGACAAGGACCAGAGCAUUGCUCCAAAGACCACAAGGGUGAACUUUCCUUCAAAGGCCAAGGGAACCUUCACAGCAGAUAGCCACCAAAACUUUGCAUUGUUUUUCCAGUUGGUGGACGUGAAUACAGGAGCUCAGCUCACACCCCAUCAGACAUUUGUUCGUCUACAUAACCAGAAGACUGGACAGGAGGUGAUAUUUGUUGCCGAGCCAGACAGUAAAAAUGUUUACAAGUUUGAGUUGGAUGCUGCUGAAAGAAAGACAGAGUUUGACUCUGCAUCAGGUGUCUAUUCUCUGCACUUGAUUAUCGGUGAUGCAACUCUUGAAAAUCCUGUUCUCUGGAAUGUGGCUGACGUUGUGAUGAAGUUCCCAGAAGAAGAUGCACCAGCUCCAGUGCAGUCCAAGAAUUUAUUUGUCCCAAAGCUAGAGAUCAAUCAUCUCUUCAGAGAGCCAGAGAAGAGACCGCCUACUGUAGUAUCCAACACAUUCACUGCUCUGGUAGUUGCACCCCUGUUGCUGUUGCUUAUUCUGUGGAUUAAACUGGGUGCCAACAUCUCAAACUUCAGUUUUUCACCAAGUGCAGUUGUUUUUCAUGUAGGGCAUGCAGCUAUGCUGGGUCUGAUGUACGUAUACUGGACUCACCUUAAUAUGUUCCAAACCUUGAAGUACCUGACCAUCUUAGGCAGUAUUACAUUCCUUACAGGCAACAGGAUGUUAGCCCAUAAAGCAGUAAAAAGGAUUGCUGCAGAACAGAGCAGUAGAGUGGCAAAAUAUAGGACUCUCCGGUAAAAGGGGGGUCACUAUUAGUCGACCUUCCUGAAAACUGGCUAGAUGUCUACUGAAGAAAGACAAAAUGCAAAUACUUUGUUUUGUUUGUUUUUGGGUGGGAGGGAUAAAUUCACUUUUGGACGAGUGGGAGAAAAAUCUGUAUGAAAUGAUUUUUUGUAAAUGGAUAUUAUUUUAUUUUUAAUAAAUGCACUGAUGCAUGUGUUCUAGGAGCCAUCAGCAGACCUAAAUAUUUGAACCAGUUGUACAAACAGAGCAGUAAUAAGGGGUAGUGUUCAUUUAUACUGGAAGGAGUUGUGUAAUUUUUACAGCCACUUUGUUUUUACAAUAAAGUUGAGUUAAAGCCUA